CUCCAUGGCAACCGUAGCCCAGCCUGCAGUACCGCCUGCAACCGGAGGGGCGCUGUCUGACCAGCUGUGACUGAUGGAAACAGUGAAAAAGUCCAAUUGUAGUGCAACAGAGACGAAAAACUACAAUACUAUCAUCAAUAAAGUCUCUCUGAUAAAAUCUGUUUUAACAUUUUAAAGAUGUAAAGAUUCUAUGCUUGAAAGAACACUUCUCUGAUGAUUCUGGAUUAAAAUAUUAAUAUUAUAUCAGACGAUUCGUCUUCUGCAUAUUAAAAUACUGUCAGAUAAAAGCAAAUAAAUGCCCAAGAAAAGUACAAGUACCUUAGAAUUAUACCUGAGUCCCGAGAAUAUGUGUAUUUAUGAAGUAUUAUUAGUGUAACUGGCAGCAGCAUGAGAUGAAAACACACCAGAGACCUUCACCAGCUCUAAAAGAACAGAGAACAUCUGAUGUUUUUAUUCUGUUUGGAUCCAGAUCUGCUCUAAAACUGGAGGUAGAAACACAGUUUACUAUAAAUAAUCACACUAGAUCUGAUGUUUUUGUUCUGUUUGGAUCCAGAUCUGCUGUAAAACGUGAACAGAUGUUUCAGGACUUUCUUAAAUAACCGGAAUAUUCAACAUGACAGAUGGAGACACAGCUGAGUGUAAAUAAUCACAUUAUGAUCUGCUGUUGGACAGAAAACAGGUCAGACUGCAGAAAAACUACAUUUCCCUUUUAUAUAGCAACAUGAGUCAAGUUACCGGAAAUAAUCCUGAAGAGCAAGUCCGGAUCCUUUCAGAAUAAAACAACUAAAAUUAGGGAUUAUGAAAUCCACCCAUCAAAUUAUUUUUAAAAACUUGUCUGUACUUACAAAGUUACAAAGUUCUAUACAACAAUCACAAAAAGCACUAAAUCAAAUACACUUAAACAUAAUGGAAAAUAGAACAAUUUAAAAUAAAAUCCAAAGAGAUGUGAAUUUAAAAUUACAACAAAAAGCAUGUUGUGUAUAAAACGUUCCAUUCAAACGAACCUGACCUGAAAUCAGGACAUCUUUUAAACUUUAUUUCUACAUAAGAUCCAAUAAAUGACUGAAGGGAAAACAAUUUAAAAUGAAUAAGUUGAAUUGCAAUAAAAACAGAUGUGAUAUUAACCAAGCUGAUUACAAUGAAAUGUUUGUAAUUCAGUUUUUAAAAGUUUAUUUUUUAUUUUAUUUUUAAAAAUAGAAAAAUGGAAUUGAACAUAUAUUUUUAUAUAAUUGAAUACAAUAAAUCCUACAGAGUGUAUUGAUCCAUCCUGGCUGUUCCAUCUGAUCAGCCUUAAAGCUGCUCAGACUAAAUAUCAGUUUCUGACUUUUCUCUGCUUUAUUUUUUGUUUUUAUUUUGGGUUUUAUUAUUUUAAACAGUUUGAACUGUUUUCUUCAUCAAAGCGUCACAUUCUGGGAUGUUUCAUGUAUUCAUGUGUCAGACUGUCACUACAAAUCCAAAUUAUUGUUUUAUUUUAACUUUCAGCCUGUUCAUUAAACUGUAAUUUUUAUUUUAAUUCUGAAUUCAGCAGCUGUUUCCGGUCCGGGUGCUAUUGUGAUGGACCCGGCGGAAGUGCAUGUAGCGGUGCAGCUGCAGCUUCAUAUGUGAUGGACUCAGAGUUCAGGUCUUGAUUCUGCAGCAGCUUCAUGAUGACAAGGUUCAAACGUCCCGCUGCGUGAGGAUCGAUCAGCGUCAUCGAUCAGCGUCAUCGAUUUUCUACCGGAGCAUCGAUCGAUCCGGAUCAGAGAUGGUGAUCCGGGUUUAUGUGGCGUCCUCCAGCGGCUCUGUGGCGGUGAAGAAGCAGCAGCAGGCCGUGGUGGGCUUCCUGGAGGCCAACAGGAUCAUGUUCCAGGAGGUGGACAUCACCAUACAGGAGGACCAGAGGCUGUGGAUGUACAGGAACAUCCCCAGAGACAAACAGCCGGAGACAGGAAACCCCCUGCCUCCUCAGAUCUUCAACCAGGACCAGUACUGUGGGGACUACGAGGACUUCUUCCAGUCGAAGGAGAACAACACUGUGUUUGCAUUCCUGGGCCUCACUCAGCCUUCUGUUAAAGUAAGUCUGAAACACGGAACCCAACAGAACCCAACAGAACCCAACAGAACCGACUCCUCUGUUAAAGUAAGUCCGAAACAGGGAACCCAGCAGAACCCAGUAGAACCCAGCAGAACUUGGCUUGCUCUGGGGGUUCAGGCAUAUGGGUUCUGUAAAGCGUCUCGAGACAAUUUGACUGUAAUUGGCGCUAUAUAAAUAAAAUUGAAUUGAAUUGAAUUGAACCAACUCCUCUGUUAGAGUAACAUCAACUCUGAGGGUAAAAUGUUCUCCUGCUGCCUGAUGUUUCCCACCCACUACCAGAACCAUGAUGAGGAGAUGAUCCGUAUUCCUCAGUGGUCAGAGUGUUCUCCUCAUGUUAGCUGAUUUCAAGACUUUGUGAGAAAAAAAGCGUUGAUAUUAAACUUCCUGCUGCUUUCAGAAUAAAAGUCUUGCGAGUCUCGGUGUCUGUGAGGAACGUUCCAGUUCUCACAUCUAAACGUCCAGUAGACCUCCAUCAGACAUGGAGACUGUUGAAGAUCUACACCAGCUCCAGGGUUUAGCUGAACGGAAAACAGACUAACUUAUGUUUUUUUUUCUGUUUGCAGGAUUCAGAAUCUUAGAAGCUGCUGGAAACUUGAAGACCAGAUCAAAGUGUGGUCGCUUCAUCUCCAGAAUCCUCCUCCGAGCAGAUUCAGCUUUUGGACUCUAAAGUCCGGAGAGGACGUCAGAGCGAAGCUUCGUCUGCCAGAAACCCACCCUGAAGAUUCACCGUCUGAUGCAGUAAACUCUGCAGCAGCUCAGAGUCCACCAGAACCUGAAACCCGAACCCAAACCUGAACCUGAACCCUUCUGGACUAAACCAGCUUCUCUGAGCCAGAACCUGAAGCAGAACCUCUGGGUUCAUGGAUGGAUCACCUCCAACCUGCAGCUUCAUCAGGAAAUCACUUUAUUCUGAAUGUUUCACUGAAAUAUUGACCAGAGUCUGUAAAAACCAGAACCUCCUCUGGUUUAACAGCAGUCCAGAGCUCUGGGCUCAGCUGCAGGCAGUGUGAUAUAGUGAACUCAGAUGAUUCACCAUGAAGCGGUUUGAUUAAAUGUUCUCACAUUAGUUCUUUGCUUCCUUAAAUCUCAUCAUGUCAAACUUCCUGUUUCUGCUGAUUUCUGUCAAACUGAAACGUUCUGUUGGACUUUCUGGGAACGUUGGUAAAACAUUUCUGGACUCUUCUGGUUCUGACAUGAAACUAAAAGUUUGUUUUUGCUGAAGCUCCUGAACCAUCAGCUGAUGAAUCCUUCAUGUUAUUCUGGUUUGAAGACACCAAACCCGAACCAACUAACCCUAACCACCUAACCCUUUAAAGACCCCUAACCCUACUAACCCUACUAACACUACUAACUCUACUAACACUAACCCUACUAACCCUACUAACUCUACUAACCCUACUAACCCUACUAACUCUACUAACACUACUAACCCUACUAACCCUACUAACACUAACCCUACUAACCCUACCAACACUAACCACCUAACCAACUAACCCUAACCAACUAACCCUUGAAAGACCCCUAACCCUACUAACCCUACUAACACGAACCACCUAACCAACUAACCCUAACCACCUAACCCUUUAAAGACCCCUAACCCUACUAACCCUACUAACACUACUAACACUACUAACUCUACUAACACUAACCCUACUAACCCUACUAACUCUACUAACCCUACUAACUCUACUAACACUACUAACCCUACUAACCCUACUAACACUAACCCUACUAACCCUACUAACACUAACCCUACUAACCCUACUAACACUAACCUCCUAACCAACUAACCCUAACCAACUAACCCUUGAAAGACCCCUAACCCUACUAACCCUAACCCUACUAACACUAACCCUAACCCUACUAACCCUACUAACCCUAACCCUACUAACCCUACUAACACUAACCCUACUAACCCUACUAACACUAACCCUACUAACCCUACUAACACUAACCCUACUAACACUAACCCUAACCCUACUAACCCUACUAACACUAACCCUACUAACCCUACUAACACUAACCCUAACCCUACUAACUAAGGCUAAUAUAUAGGCUAAUAAUAAACCUACACAAACUAAAUAUUCAGUUGUAGUAUACUGAUCAUAUGCUGUACCAGUUCACCAAAUAACAUUGGUUGUGUGGUCAUCAUCGUCACGUUGUGACAGCGUGGAGCUUGUUCAGCAGGUGGCAGUUGGCUAAUUCAGAUACGGUUGUUUAGUGCUGCUUGAGACAGGCUACUUCACAAUAGAGACAAAUAAAUGCACCAUGUGGCAACUGAG